AUGUGCAGGAAUGAAUCAAAAGAUAUUCCAAGGUUGGUUGACCGGAUUUCAUAUGAAUUGCUUAGCUUGAUGGAACGCUAUGAAGCAAGUGCUGAAACAAGUUCUGAUACAUACUUAAUUGGUAUAGAGACCCGUGUGCAAGAGUUGAAAUCACUUCUGGAAGUUGGAUCAGGUGAUGUUCGUAUGGUUGGAGUAUAUGGGAUGUGGGGUAGUGGUAAGUCUACUCUCGCAUCUUAUAUUUAUGAUGAAAUAAGUCAUGAGUUCGAAGGUUGCUGCUUUGUAAAAGACGUUACAGCUAGAUCAACAAUGCAUGGCUUGAAAACUUUACAAGAAGAAAUUCUCUCAAAUGUCCUGAAAUUAAAAGUGACGUUAACAAACAUUGAACAAGGAAAACACAUGAUGAAAAGCUUAUGUCAAAACAGUGUUCUAAUUGUCCUUGAUGACGUAUACCACACUGUUCACCUAGAGAUGCUAGUUGGAUCACACAACUGGUUUGGUAAUGGGAGUCGAAUAAUAUUCACCACUAGAAACCAAGAUUUGGCGAAGGCUCGCGGUUUCCUACCGUGUAAUGUCCUGAUGUUGGAACCUAAAGAGGCUAUUGAACUCUUCAGUAGGCAUGCAUUUGGGAAAAGUAGACCUCUACCAGGUUUCGAGGAUGUUUCACUGAUUAUGGUUUCUAAAUUUGGUGGGCAUCCAUCAGCACUUAUAAGUUUGGGCUCUUUUCUACAUGGAAAAGACAGAAGUGUGUGGAUGCGCAUCUUAGAUAUACUAGUAUGUAAACCAGUUGAUGAAAUUCUGAAGAAGUUCGAAACUCCUGAUGAUGGACUAGCAAGAAAUAUUUGGCUUGAUUUCUUACUUAGGGGGUCGGAGUCGUGUCUGUUGGAUAAUCUUGAUGGGUUACGGGUCGAGUACGGGUUAGAAAAUGGGUUAAAUAAUUAA